AUGCGGUGUAAAGUAUUGCAACAAAAUAUGCCAAGAAGAAAUCACCGUUACCGUUAUCAGCAGGACUACUAUCAUCAGGAUUACUAUUAUCAACCAUGUUGGAUAGAUUGGAUAAUUGUAUCACUGAUGCUUGGUGUUAUUGCUAUAUUUAUCAUAGGUUACUUUAUCUUUAACAGUGAUAGAAAGGCUGAAUUAGCAAAUGCUGAAGCCACUAAGAACUAUGAAAAAAUAAUAUCAAUUGCUGUUAAAAGUUGUGAUUUCGAGGUUGUAAAAUUUUUGAUGGAAAGAAACUUAGUAAAUAUUCAUCGAGGUUCCGGAAAAAGGUUAUUGGGGUAUGCUACAGAAAAAGAGUGCUUGGAAGUUGUGCAAUUUUUAGUAGGAGAGAAAGUUAAUAUUAAUUCUACAAGUGUCAUUGAAAUAGAUAAAAGAACAGUUUUGCACUAUGCUGCAGAACAAGGUAAUUUAGAAAUUGUCAAAUUCUUGUUACAAAAUGGUGCAAAUCCAAAUGCCAAAGAAUUUAGGGAAAAAAAGCCAAGGGAUUUAGCUGUUAUAAUGUUACGGCACAAUAAAAAUAAUAAGCCUUACAGAGAAAUCAUAGACCUAUUAACCGAAGCAGAAAAAAACUAUAACUGGAAAGAGGAUAGAAAUUUUAUUAAAUUAAGGGAUGUAUUGAGAGCAGCAACUGCAGCACCUACUUACUUUGCACCUAAAUAUUUAAAAGUCAACCAAAAGGAAAUGGUAUUAAUAGAUGGAGGAGUUUUUGCCAAUAAUCCAGCAGCAUGUAGCUAUGCAAGCAGCAGAAAGCUAUUUCCUAACGAUGAUGUAGUACUUCUUUCCAUCGGUACUGGCAGAUCGUCUCAUUCCAUUAAAUACCUCAGAUCGAAAAGAUUUGGCAAAAUAUCCUGGAUUAAGCCAUUGAUAAACGUAAUGUUUGCCUCUGGACUAGAUUGUGUAAAUUAUCAGUUAGACCAGAUUAUUAACAAUAGCUAUAUCAGAAUUCAAUCGCAGCUAAAAGUAGCAUCAACGGAGAUGGACAAUACAACAUACGAAAAUAUCAAUUGGAAAGAGGAUAGGAAUUUCAUUAGAUUGAAGGAUGCACUAAGAGCAACAACAGCAGCACCAACAUACUUUGCACCUAAGUAUUUAGAAGUUAAGCAAGAGAAAAGAGUAUUAGUUGAUGGAGGGGUAUUUGCCAAUAAUCCAGCGGCUUGUGCAUAUGCAAACAGUAAGAAACUUUUUCCCAACGAAGAAAUCGUUCUGGUAUCAAUUGGCACAGGUCGGCUAUCUAAUCGAAUAAAGUAUAGAAAAUUAGGAAAGAUAGCAUGGAUAAAGCCCCUAUUAAAUGUGAUGUUUGCGUCGAGUCUUGAUGUAGUGAAUUACCAGCUAGGUAACGUAAUGGACGACAGAUAUAUAAGGAUACAAUCACAACUGACAAUAGCGUCGGCUGAGAUGGAUAAUGUAACACCUAAAAAUAUUAAAUGUCUGCAGCAGGAGGCAAAUGCGAUAAUAGAGGACAACCAGGAAGGGCAAGAAGCUAAAAUUUCAAACGAUAAGCCAAAACCGCUCUCUGAAAUUGUGAUGAAACCUAGCCUAUGCUCCUCUAAAGCAGAAAAUGUCAAAAAAGGAAUAAAAGAAAAAAUAAAAAGCUUAAAAACAAAGAAAGCAAAACCCGUAGAAAAAGAGCUGAAAAAGGGCAACGUGUUCAAAAAAGGCUUCAAAAAGCUAAAAGCAAAAGUAAAAAAAUUAAAUCCAAUAAAGGUUAAGAAAAAUAAGAUCAUUGGAAGCAAAAAGUUAGCGCUUUUACUGACAUCUGCUACAAUCGUGGCAAUUUUACCAACAUUCAGUUUAGCUCCUCUUCCAGCCUUAGCCAUAACUUCUGCAUGUGUUUUCAGUAUUAAUUUUAUUGCAGUCAAGACAUUAAAGAAGUUUAUUAAACAACGCAAAUUAGCAGCAGAAUCUAAAGAAGUAGCAAUUCAAGAAGAAGCUAUAGCUGAAGCAGGAAAGCCGGAAGAAGAAAUUCAAGAUGUAUUGGUCGAAUCAAUAAAAGAAGAACCUAAACAAGCUGCAAAGGAAAUUUAUCACCUCAGACAUCCUAGUAUUCUUUCUUUAUUAGUUCGUGCAGCCUUCAAAGAGAUUAUCAAUAGUAGAUUUGGUACUAAAAUUUUACAUUUCUCUGCAAAACGCGAUCUUUACAACUUAUUUCUAUUCCUUGUGGAAUAUGAUGCUAACGUUGAUGCCGUAAAUAAAAAGGGCAAUACAGUAUUACACGUUGCCUCUCAAUAUGAAUCCACAACAAUAGCAGAGGUUGCUGUAGUUAUGAGCAAAAAUGUUAAUGCUCAGAAUAUCGAUGGCGACACUCCUUUGCAUCAUUCAAUAAAGUAUAAGCACCUUGAUGUUAUGCAAAAGUUGUUACAAUGCGGUGCAGAUAUCAAUCGCCAGAAUCGUCUUGGUGAAUCUCCUCUUCACAUGGCUGUAAAAUAUGCUGACACAGUAACGUUGGGAUUGCUGAUCAAAGGGGACGCUUUUCUUGAAAUUAAAAAUAUAGAAGGAAGUACCCCUCUUCACCUUGCAGUUUCAUUGAAUAAAAAAGAUCAUGUGGAGCUUUUAUUGCAAAAUAGAGCAGAUAUUAACGCAAUCGGAAGAGAUAGUUGUACUCCUCUGCACCUUGCUGUUAUGAAAGGCAAUAAAGAAAUCGUCGAGUUAUUAUUAGAUAGGAAGGCAAACGCUCAUCUGAAAUGUUUUUAUAACUCUGAAGAAGGUUAUACAGCACUGGAAAACGCUGUAGCAAAUCGAAACAAAAAAAUUGUAGCAUUGUUUCUGCUUCAUGGGAUCAUUUUAGAGGGAAUAUACAAAAACCUCGUCAGAAAGGCUCCAUUGAGAGAGAGUGAAAAGAAAACAGAUCAAGAACUUCACUUUCAGGUUUACAAAGAAAAUCUAAAAGUAGUCGAUAUUGCAAAGCCAGUGGGCAAAUGGACACAAAUGGUUAUACUGAAUGAUGGGUUGAUGCAGCGUUUGGCUCAAUUGAUACAAAAAGAAGGCGAUGAGAAGGGAUACUGGCAGUUAUUUGUGAAAGCUCAAGCUUCAACUCAAGGCAAAUAUAAGGGAAGGGGAAGAUAG